AGGAUUUGUUUACAUACAAACCGUUUUCGGCCGCGGAUUUUGUUGCUUUUUCCGGAGCAGUUUUUUAUCAUCUGAAGAAAAAAGAUCUGUUACGUGAUACUAUCCCGAUGGCUGCCGGAUGCAGCAAGUCGUUUACAUCCAAAUACGAGGAGGAGUUGCACUACGACGUGGAGUACGAGGAUUUUUGCAAGAGCUUUGAAUUUUCGAAUUCUUCAACCUGCUGGAUAUGUAACGGAUAUUACGGUCCCAGCUAUGGAGAACCAUUGUGUGGCACAUGCCACGCUUUUAUUUUUCCCAACCACUCGAACGAGGAAGCCGAAGGGCUUGUAACAAAACUUUCCGAUGACGAAGAUUCCGGUAAUGACGAACCACCGGAGAAUGGAUCGGAGGCCAAAGAUCGCACCGACGAUGAUGAACCGUCGGAUUAUGACUUGGUGGAACGUCCCCGCCCGGCUGCCCCUCGCAAUCUGAAUCAAUACAUUGACAUGUUGUCUCAAGCGCGUGAUACCGAUGAGUCGCAGCAGAAAAUUUGCUCACUUCCGGUUGAGGUGCUGCUCUCAAUUUUCUCCCAUCUGGACGAUCUAUCGUUAUGGAACGUCAGUGAGGUGUGCAAACAAUGGAAGCGGAUUCUGGAAGUGCACACUCCGCAGCAGAUGUGGAAAAAGUACACAAAGGAGAGGUGGCCCUUGUUCCAGCAGAUCUCAACCAUCCCGAACUGGUUACAUAUGUACGGUGCACUGAUGAAUUCAUGUUUCUGUCGGACAUGUUUGAUCCAGAUGGCCCUGAAGACGCCGAUGCGUGGUCGGGUCAAUCAUAUGCGAGCCAACCGGCUUCGAAGCGACAUCCGAUCCCUGGAUCUGGAUGCCACCGAGGGUAUCGAUGCGGUAGCCCUCGAUAACCAGCUCUUUCACUGGCAGGCGUCGAUUCUCGGCCCCGCCGGAAGUCCCUACGAGGGAGGCAAAUUUUUCCUCUACAUAGUCAUUCCCUGUUCGUAUCCGAUGCUGCCGCCACAGGUUCGGUUCCUUACCAAGAUAGUGCACCCGAAUGUGUCCCGCCAUGGCGAUGUCGGAAUCGAUAUCAUUCAGCACAAUUGGUCCCUGGCUCUGACCAUCUCGAAGCUGCUGCUUUCGGUGCAGAGUCUGCUAACCGAUCCGUUUACUCAGAUCUGCAUGGAACCGGAACUCGGCCGGAUGUACGAGAACGAGCGGCCCAAAUUCGAGGCCCUUGCCCGGAGAUGGACCUGGAAGUAUGCCAUGUACGAAGUACUGCCCCCGCUAGAAGGUCUCUUCUAAGCCAAACUUGCUGAGUUGCUCUGGGAGAAUAAAUACGCAGAACAGGAGACACGAGAAUUCAGAAUAUUAGUCAUUGCGAAUAUCUAUUUAUACUUAUAUUUAACUCAAAAAACCAAUGUAUUUAAUACUUACACACAACCACAACGCAACACAGAAAAUCUUUACACUUCAGUAGAAUGUAUGAUGUGUGUUUCCGCGAGACGGCGAAAGAAGAUUGCGCUGAUGAAAUUAGCUCCUAAGUUUGCUCGACCAGUUGGUCGAAUAAUUUUGAUUGAAUACUUUUCGGUAGAACGUUUGAAAGCUCAACACGACGAUAUGGCGAUUAAGACUCAGCAUUAAGAACACUUUUUAGCAGUACACACAAAUUUUGUAGAUUUAGAACGCUUGAAAAAAAAACACAAAUUAUCGAUAGAAGGAAAUAGAAUCCUGCUUUCAUACAUGUAUACCGAGAGGCAUUUCCUGCGGAAAAUAAUUCCUCGCUUCACAUUUGGAUUGUUUCUUAACGCUAUUGUAGGCCAUCAAGU